GCCGUUUCGGAGUCUUGGUGGGAGAAAGUUCAUGGCUCUGGAUGGGUCGACGAUGGUGAAGGUGCCGCCAGGAGACGAUGGAGGCGGCACUGUGGCGGCGACAUCCAUGCGCAAGAUGCUUCUAACCAAGCAGCAGUUCCAGCACAAUGGAAACAAUCCAUCUAUCGUCGACACGACACUCCUUGCCGGUGGAAGCACUCCGUGGACACCCAAGAGUCUCGGCCGCGCCAAAAGUGCCAUCGUGUACCGGGUACCUAUGACUCGAUGCUUCUAGUUCAUGGGAACGCUCAACUUGUUGAUGAUGUGCCGGCGUGUAGCAAACUUUAAACGACAACUUGAUGUUCUUGGAGCGCAACAUCUUCUUCUUCCAGGAAUGGCGCACGCGGUUCGUGUCACUCCAGGACGACCACAUACUCAUCUACUCGACGCGGGAGAAGUGGGAACAAGGCGUGGCACCAGAUCGAGUGAUUCGAUUGAAUCCCAUGAUGCUGCUCAGCGCUCUUCGCGUGGACGUCCAAGACGAGUCCUACGACGUCGACGGGCCCGUGGUGACGCGACUAUUUCGCCGCAAGCUACUGGAAACCGACCCACUCGAUCAGUGGCUGAAUGGCGAAUUGCGGCAAGGACUGGUCGUCAAUUCCCGCGGCAGCAACACGGACACGACCGUGGCCAACAAUCCCGACGCCAGUGCGCGGGUCAUUGUCGAGUUCGCCACGACCAACCAACACACGUUUGAGUUGUGGUCGAAAUGUCUCCGGCGGGCCCUCCAGCACCAGGUCAAGCAUCAGCAACAUGGCAACUCUGACGAGAAUGACAACCAAGAUGCGUCCGUUUCUCGAACCAGAGCAUCGGCAUUAUCCUCAUCGUCAUCGCCGCCACCGUCGUCGUCGUCCACGUGGGUGUCUCCUGGUCAAGACUCGCGCGUGACUCUCCAUCAAAGCGAGAUCUGGUGCUCGCGACUGCUUCAAGACGACAAGGACAAGGCCGAGUCGGAGCUGCGGCGCAUCAUCGCCAUGGAGAAGCUCGUCGCGCAGGUUACGGGGCCCGCCAUGGCGCUGUUGGUGUAUGAAAAGGUCAGCCGCGUCCACGAGCUGUUUGCCGCCAACAGCCGCCGCGAGAUCGAGUCCAAGCAGUUCAUUCUCCCCGUCCAAGGCGACAGCGAGCCGGCUGUCGCGCUGUCGGCGGACGUGUUGCACUUUUUCCGCGACCACUUGAAGCGAAAGUACGCCGUGUUCCUCAUGUUGGCGCUGGCGUACGGUAUUUCCGAAGACAGCAUUCGAGAAGCGCAUGAACGCAUGUGCAGUGAAAACGACGCCGUGGACGCGGGUGUCGGUGGCGGCGAUGGCUCUGAGGACCCCCGCGACGGCCACGACCUCGGGUUCCGAGACACGCCGAGCGUUGACCUGUACAACAAAUACCGGACGGCCGCGGCCAAUUACUACAAGAUGAACUUUGGCGACCCGAGCGCGGCCGAAGAAGAGGACGCGAUCAUGCACCUUCCCGUGAUGCUCCACGUCGCGAUUGUCCGACGAGACGAGGACGAGGUCCGCGCGAUGGCGCAUAUACUUGACACUGUGAAAGAGCGGCUGUACGACCACAUCGAAGACGGCACGGCAGGCAACAACGAAGAGAAUACGCAGGGAUCAUAGGCUAGGACUUGAUAUGGAAUGAGGUGACGACAAAUACAGCCUGUGUCGUGUGGUUAUGAAUUGCCGGCAGUCGCAUCGUCGAUCCAUCGAUGGAUUCGAUGCACGGACGCACGAAAUAUUUCGUCACGUAGGUAUUGGGUCGCGAGUGCAUCGGUCGUCGAUGAUGCAGCCGUGGGAGAAGAUGAUAGGUCGAUUGCAC